CCCUGCUUUUUGGUUAAUGCCGUUUGUUUUCAUCUUUUUCAUCAUUGGUUUCCGCAUCACACUCUCUUAAGAACGCCUUAAACCUAAAACCCAAAACGCCUCCCAAUACACAAAGACAACUUCUAAUAUCUAUUCAAUUGGCUGAUUUUUUUAGACCUAAUGGCCAUUCAGAUUUCCAACUCUUAACUAGAAAGAUGUGAAAUUUCAAGGUAGAUUGAUUUGUUCAGUGUCACUCAGAAUCUCAUUGUGUGUUACCAAACCCCCAACUUUGAAAUUUAAGCUUGCAACCAUAAACCCACUUCUCCUUCAUCUUCCCUCUUUCAAUGGCUGCCUCUGUGUCCCCAUUUUCCCUAUCUUUCUCUUUCAGAAAUACCCAUCUCAGAGCCUUACCCAAUCGUUCGAAUACUGGUCUUUAUCCUUCUAUUUCGCAUGACAAACAAGUUCUUCUCAAGUCAACCCCAUUCUUGGCAUUUAAAGCUUUGGAUCUUCCUGGUUAUUGUAUUUUCUCUUCUGCUCCUUUGGCGCUAACUAGAUCUUCUUCACAUGGGUUUCUUGAUCCUACUGAUGACGAAGAAAUAUUGCCGUCAUUUGAGGAAAGGCCAGUCAAGUUUCUGUUUUGGGUUGUGUUUUGGGCCUCUCUUUCUCUUGCUUUGUUUGCAGCUUCUGGGGAUGCAAAUGCUGCUGUCGAUUCCAUCAAAGCCUCUGGCUUUGGGCUAAAGAUUGCUAGUGCUCUUCGAGGUUCGGGUUGGCCUGAUGAAGCUGUGGUUUUUGCUCUUGCUACGCUUCCAGUGCUUGAGCUCCGUGGAGCUAUUCCUGUUGGUUAUUGGAUGCAACUUAAGCCUCUUACACUAACUGUCUUGUCGAUUAUUGGGAAUAUGGUUCCUGUGCCUUUCAUUAUACUUUACUUGAAGAGAUUUGCUUCUUUUCUUGCUGGAAAGAACCAGUCAGCAUCUCGAUUCCUUGACAUGCUGUUUGAGAAUGCCAAGCAGAAGGCUGGCCCUGUGGAAGAGUUUCAGUGGCUUGGCUUGAUGCUCUUUGUUGCCGUCCCUUUCCCUGGUACAGGGGCAUGGACAGGAGCCAUCGUGGCUUCUAUUCUUGAUAUGCCAUUCUGGCCAGCUGUAUCAGCAAAUUUUUUUGGUGUUGUAUUGGCUGGGCUGCUGGUGAAUUUACUUGUGAACCUUGGUCUCAAGUAUGCAAUUGUUACUGGUAUUAUCCUCUUCUUGAUAUCCACUUUUAUGUGGAGUAUCCUUGGGAAUAUUAGGAAGUCCUUCAGCUCCUCAAACUCAAACUGACGUUUUGUUGGUGGAUUAGAUUGCAUAUUCCUCCUCGUAGCAGUAAAAUAACUCUCUAGAGUUCUCAAGUUUCCAUAUUCUGUCAUUUGGGACUCGUUAGCUGUUUAUGCCCUGUUGCAACGUCGGGAGUUGAUUUUCACUUUUCACUGGUUGUACUGCAAAAAAUUAUAUGCAAUCUUGUGGGAUAUCUUUCUCUUGGAGCACUGUUAAGUGAGAACUUUAUGCUAUUAACACUAAGGAAAUGUAUGAAGUUAAUCAAAUCUCAGUUAGGUAGAUUGUAGAUUUCACGAGGUCAUGAAUGAUACCAGAUUUCUAGUUCUUUAUUUUCGUAAAA